AUGUUUUCUGGUAUCUUAAGACUGUCAGUUAGAGGUCUCCUUAGUGGGUCCCGUUCCAUGAUGAAUCCUUCCAUAAUAUCUACAGGAACUUCGAACAUGCUUCAAUCAUCAUCCUCAACCAUGAUUCCAUCCUCAAUCCAAUCACCAAUGCAAUCUAUGUUUGGCUUGAUGCAAAAGAGAUUCAAAUCAAGAGGUAAUACUUAUCAACCAUCCACUAUCAGAAGAAAGAGAAAAUUGGGUUUCUUGGCUAGACUUAGAACUAUAGGGGGACGUAAAGUUCUUGCAAGAAGAAAAGCUAAAGGAAGAUGGUAUUUGAGUCAUUGA